AGUUGAGGAGGCAGGAAUUGAUGGUGGUGGUAUUUUUAAAGAUGUCAUGGAGAACAUUACACGGGCAGCCUUUGACGUGCAGUAUGGUUUAUUUAAGCAAAUCGCUGACCAUUUGCUCUACCCCAAUCCUGGUUCGGGAAUGAUACAUGAGCAACAUCUCCAGCUUUUCCAUUUCCUCGAAGUUCUUUUGGCAAAGGAGCAUUAUGUCAUUGAGAUGUUUUGGGAAGUUAUCAAAAGUUUCUCCGUGGAAAACCAAAAGAAAUUUCUGAAGUUUGUAACUGGUUGCUCUCGAGGACCUCUUCUUGGCCUUAAAUAUCUUGAGCCAUGUUUUUGCAUACAAAGGAAAUUGGUGUUUUGUUCAUUUUUCUCCAUUUCCUGGGUAAAAUUCGUAUCCUCGUUAUUCUUAAUUAUUUGUUUUGGUUUCCCUUAAGGGGAUAAGUUGGUUCCUUCUAGAGCUUAAACUAAUUUAUCCUGCUAGCAAAAAUCAUGUGAAAAAGUAACUCAGUACUUUGCGAGACAUUCCUGGCUACAUGCUUGAAACUGUAUUCAGGCAUAUAUAGAUUAGCGUGGAACAUAAAAAAAAUGGGAUAAUUGCAAAUGUAACAAUUAGAUUCAAAAUAAUUAAGUAUAUAGCAACAUUUUAAAAUGAUAAAAAUCACAUGUCAUGUCCAAAAUUACUCUGAGGAACACAUUUUAGUCAUUGAAAAUCAAAUUUGGUGCUAUGAAAAUCGGGUUUAAGUAUUAAAUCAAACAUUAAAUUGAUUAAGAUUCUCAAUAGUUAAGGGCAUGCCAGAGUGGCUUCUAACAUAUACGGAGUGAUUUUAACUCUAAAAAAUCAUUCUCAAACAUAUCCUAUGUUUUUCACCUUCACGGCUCGUCCAUUAUGGCUGGGUUUUCUUUUUUACUUGGCCAUACAACAUCCAGUCCACCAAGAAAUUUUUAUUUUUCGUGAUUACGUGAAACUAACACCAAUUUGGUUGAAUAACUUGGUUAGGUUUAUGAUGUAAUAUAGAAUGUCAUGGCUAAACAACUGUAGUUAGUUAGUAAAACAGUUUUAAACAAUUAAACUGUUCAGCUGUUAGGACUGCAGUUAAGACUGUUUCAUAAAAACAGUUAUUUCAUCUACUUGUAACUACUUACAAUCCUCAAUAAAUACUCCAUCUCUUAGCCAUUAUUGGCAGUUGUGAAAAACUAAGUCCAACUUGAAUUACAUCAAGUGGUAUCAGAGCAGCCCCGAUCCUCAGACGGAUGGCUGGCCGGAGAAGAAUCCCCGCCGCAGGGGACAACCGCGAGCAGGAAGAGGUGGAAGAGACCGCCACCCUCUCUCCAAGGACCACCACUGUACGCUUGCUGGCCGUCGAAGACUCCUUGGGAGAUUUACAUGACAAAAUGAACAAAGUAAUGGACAACUUAGACUCACUCACUCGAAGAAUGGAUGAACUACCGGCACCGGCAAGGAACGAGGAUUAUGACUGGAAGGCAGGAAACAGAGGUGGCUGACGGGCUCAAAGGAACCUUAGAAACUGGCCCAACCAAAGAAAUGAUCAAAGAAGGAGACCGGGAGGAAUCCCACUACGACACGCCGACGAUGAUGAGCAAGAUGACGACGAGGAGUGGCAAAACGUGCAAGAUUAUGAUUCUUCCAGUGGCGACGACCAAGGAAAUAUUUGGAACGACAACGGAGAAUAUCGAAUGGCUUAUGGCUAUAGAGGACAUAAAGCAUGACGAGAGAUUCAUCACGACUACAAAAUGAAAAUUGACCUCCCAGCCUAUAAUGGUAAACGGGAUAUCAAAUCUUUCUUGGAUUGGAUAAAAAACACCGAGAACUUAUGGCUCUGAAAUUGAGAGGAGGAUCCUCGGCAUGGUGGGACCAAUUGAAGAUAAAUAGACAUAGAUUCGACAAACCACUCAUACAAUCAUGGCUCACGGCUAUAGAGGACAUAAAGCAUGACGAGAGAUUCAUCACCACUACAAAAUGAAAAUUAACCUCCCAACCUAUAAUGGUAAACGGGAUAUCGAAUCUUUCUUGGAUUGAAUAAAAAACACCGAGAACUUGUGGCUCUAAAAUUGAGAAGAGGAGCCUCGGCAUGGUGGGACCAAGUGGAGAUGAAUAGACAGAGAUAGGGCAAACCACCCAUACAAUCAUGGCUCACGGCUAUAGAGGACAUAAAGCAUGACGAGAGAUUCAUCACGACUACAAAAUGAAAAUUGACCUCCCAACCUAUAAUGGUAAACGGGAUAUAGAAUCUUUCUUGGAUUGGAUAAAAAACACCGAGAACUUGUGGCUCUAAAAUUGGGAGGAGGAGCCUUAACAUGGUGGGACCAAUUGGAGAUAAAUAGACAGAGAUUCGGCAAACCACCCAUACAAUCAUGGCUCAUGGCUAUAGAGGACAUUAUAAGUGAUAGUGGAAGCAGUGAGAACUUUUUAGCAAUAAAGAUUGUGACCAUUCUCUGCCUAAAAACAGACCCUCACCCUGAUCCUUACAAAAUAGGAUGGGUGAAGAAAGGAGGAGAG